AUGUUCAUCGGAGUUGCAAUUAAAUCCCAGAAAUUGAAGAGAAUCGGUUGUGUUCCCGUCCUCUAUCUCUGUGCAUGGCAUUACGUCAGCCGUGGACAUAGUGCUCAUGCGAGAGCUGUCCAGCUCGUCCAGCUCGACCGGUGGAGCGGAUGGGCCGGAUGCCGGACCAGCCCCUGCGCAUGUCCCAAGCUCGCCUCCGCGGAUGCCGCCUGCAUCAUCAACUCCGCAGCCGGCUUGCCGUCCUUGUUGACCACGCUAGACGGCGCAGCAGACGGAAGAAAGAGCCAGUCGCAGACUGGGAUGGCUGUCUCCAGGGAGGGAAAGAACACAGCCCCUUCAAAUGCUGCCCACGCCAUACGCGUUGCAAUGAUGCUGCACAUGCCGGAGGGGCUUCUGAGUCCUGGAGGAGGCCCUUGGGCGGGGCUUUUCCAUCGAUUAGGGUCCCCAGUAUCCCUGGAGCCAUUGAGGAAAGGACGGCUGGCAUCUAAAGCUUGUUGUCGUUGUGCUCUGGCCUCCAGAAGGCUGAUCUGCCGCAAGGAUGGUAAUGGGCCAGCAGUGGAUGACUGA